AUGCUACUCAUCAACUCAACAAUGGCGCAAUCCUCCAUCCUCCUUGUCGAGUUGAAAGCACCAACAUUUCAAAGGCCGGUUAUAUCUGAAUGUCAUUCUGGAACACAUAUCUAUUUUGACUCUGAGACAGCUGCAGGAAAAGAAGUGUUUCACAGGUCAAGGAGCAGACCAGCCAGCGUCUUCUCCUUGCUGACUGACUUCAAUUCGUCGCUGUUGGAUGGACCGUUGAUGGAAAAGAUCUUUAGCAGAAUAUUCAAGAAGAGUUUUUGGAAACUGAGAACUAAAACGCAGACAUGGUUCGAGAAAAGGAGUAGCAUAGCUGAGGGCCUGACUUUCCACCUCAAAAGACCAGGAAUCUCGCCAAUUUACACAGAGGUGUCUCAUCCAGCUCUAGGAUUAUCGGAUGGACACUUUGGUCGAUACAUUUGA